AGUAUAACCUUCACGAAAAACUCCGCUGAACUCCGUCAAAGAUCUUAACACACACACACACGCACAACAGCCUCUCUUUCGUUUUAGUAGUCGUUGAGUCUCACUCCAUUCGUCGGCACUUAUCCGAAACCACCAAACAACAACAAAAAAGGAAUCUUCAAGCAUGUUUCGUUCGAACAUAGCUCGCCUGGCGGCUUUCGACGUCACCGUGAUCGGCGGUGGUCCGGGAGGCUACGUGGCGGCCAUUAAGGCUGCGCAGCUCGGUCUCAAGACGGCCUGCGUCGACAAGCGCGGAGCCCCCGGCGGCACGUGCCUCAACGUCGGCUGCAUCCCGUCCAAGGCGCUUCUCUACGCUACCCACAUGUACCACGAUGCGCACGCGAACUUCGCCAAGUAUGGCCUUCGCGGCGGCGAGCAGGUGACGAUGGACGUAGCAGCGAUGCAGGUGCAGAAGACGAAGGCCGUGAAGGGGCUGACGAGCGGCGUGGAGUACCUCUUCAAGAAGAACAAAGUCACCUACUACAAGGGCGAAGCCAGCUUCGUCUCGGCCAGCUCUCUCAAGAUGAAGGGCCUGGACGGCAAGGAGGAGGCAAUUGAGUCGAAGAAGACGAUCAUCGCGACCGGUAGCGAGCCGUCUGCGCUGCCCUUCCUCCCUUUUGAUGAGAAGGUGGUGAUGUCCUCCACCGGUGCCCUCGACCUCGACCACAUCCCGAAGAAGUUGAUCGUCAUCGGCGGUGGCGUUAUCGGCCUCGAGUUGGGCAGCGUGUGGGCCCGCCUCGGCUCGGAGGUGACAGUGGUGGAGUUCGCGCCGCGUUGUGCCGCGACGGCGGAUGCCGACGUGUCCAAGGCUCUCACCGACGCCCUCGUCAAGCACGAGAAGAUGAAGAUCAUGGUGAACACGAAGGUGGUGAGCGGCACCAACAACGGUAGCAGCGUGACCAUCGAGGUGGAGGGGAAGGACGGCAAGAAGCAGACGCUGGAGGCGGACGCGCUGCUCUGCUCCGUCGGUCGCCGCCCGCACACGGCCGGCCUCAACGCCGAGGCGAUCAACCUCAAGAUGGAGAAGGGCUUCGUCUGCAUCAACGACCACUUCGAGACGAAUGUGCCGAACGUGUAUGCCAUCGGCGAUGUGGUGAACAAGGGUCCGAUGCUGGCGCACAAGGCCGAGGAUGAGGGCGUGGCGUGUGCGGAGCUGCUCGCCGGCAAGCCGGGCCACGUGAAUUACGACGUGAUCCCGAGUGUCAUCUACACGAACCCCGAGGUCGCCCAGGUCGGUAAGACGGAGGAGCAGGUGAAGAAGGAGGGCAUCGACUACAAGGUCGGCAAGUUCCCGUUCAGCGCGAACUCUCGCGCCAAGGCGGUCGCCACGGAGGACGGCUUCGUGAAGGUCGUGACAGACAAGAAGACGGAUCGGAUCCUUGGCGUGCAGAUUGUGUGCACAACCGCCGGUGAGCUGAUUGCGGAGGCCACGCUCGCCAUGGAGUACGGUGCCAGCUCCGAGGAUAUCGGCCGCACCUGCCAUGCCCACCCGACCAUGUCCGAGGCUGUGAAAGAGGCAUGCAUGGCGUGCUAUUCGCAGACAAUCAACUUCUAA